GAUAAAAUAUACAGAAAGGGGGAUCCAAUCCGGUUUGAGCUAGUUCUAGUACUGCUCGGACGUUUAUGUUAAGUUACAGACUGCUCUGGAGGUGUAGUUGGCUGAGGUGUACUACUGAUACACUACAUAUCAUUUAGUUUACUAAACUGUGAAAGCCUGCGUUAGUUACUCUUGCAUCUCUGCCGCAAAACUUACGCAACAAUGGGAAAGAAAAGCAAAGACAAUGCCGAACCAACAGAGCCUAAAAGGAAGUCUGCACGAUUGUCAGUAAAAGAGGUACCGUCAGAAGCCCCAGCAGAAAAGCCAAAGGCAACUCCAGCCAAGGGCAAAAAGGCUGCCAAACAGCCAGCAAAGGCCAAGGUAGAGGAGAAGAAAGAAGAACCCGAGGUUGAGAAAGAAGAAGCUCCUGCAGAAAACGGGGAGGCAAAAGCUGAGGAGACUGAAGAAGAAGAAGCAGCAGCAGCUGAUGAUGCAGAGGAAGCGGAGGAAAAGGAGGAGGACGACGACAAGGCUGAGGAGGAAGAUAAGGACGCAGAGUAAAAACGACACCCCUAAACUCAUUCAUCAGGACUCCCUGUACCUCGUUUCUUGUACAAUGCAGAGAAUAUUUUUAUCUACUAUUUUCAUAAGACAGUAAUGUUUUUAGGCACGUUAUUGCAGAAAUGCAUUUUUAAAAAAUACUACAAUUUCAGUUUCAUGGCCUUUCCAGGCAUUGUGUUUUGUUUUUUUCAUUGUUCAUUUUUUUUCUUUCUCUGGCUUCUUAUUCUGCCUUUAGGUUGUAGUUUUCUGCAUGACAUAAAAUCAUGCCUAUAUCAGGAAUUUGAUGUUGAACUCCGGGAGAGUUUACCUGAGACAUUCCGGAGGCGUAUUGAGGGAUUUUGUAACCUGUACUGUUUUGGAAUUUGAAACAACGUAAUACUGUGUGUUUGAUAGGGAAUAGAUAGAUUGAAAGUUUGAGGGUUGUGAUCUAUGCUAAGUAAGUUUUGUUCACUUCAAUCAUAUUCACUAGUACUGGACUUUGUUUUUGCUUGUUAUUUUAUGCUGUUAGUGAUGGUACAUUUGAGGGUGUUUUAGAGUUCAUCAUACUCUCAGCUGUGCUCAACAAAAUGCAUAACAACAGAGCUAAUCAUACUUUGGUCAUCCUUCUUAGGAUAACUGUAUUUUCACCUCAGUCAGCAAAAUGUAUAUGCCACAUAUUUGUGGAUAUGCACAUUAUGGUUUUGGGAUUUCUCUACCAAUGUACAGUUUCAUUUUUAAAAAAAAAUUAAAAAAGAAGAAAAAAAAUGUUUUCUUUGUUAUGAAUGGUAUGAAAUGCCGAUUAAAGUGGGAAUUCCUCUGAA